AUGCGAGGGUAUGUCUGUGAGGCUACAACGACAAAGAAGUUAUCACAAGUCAAGAAGGAGACAAAGCCUUCAACAAUGAAGAGAAAGAGAACUACAACAACAACAACAACAACAUCAACAAAUGAUAAAGAGGAUGUAAAGAUGAAGAUUGAAGAUGAACAAGAACAAAUACAACAAGAACAAGAACAUGAUGAACCAACAGAGAAAAAGAUUAUAAAGAAGAAGGCAACAUUCCAACUUACAUUGGCAACGAGAUUCAUUAAUACGAUGGCGAGCACUUUUAUUGCAACAUGCCCGAGUAAUGCUCGUGUUAGAAGUGAUCGUCUACGUAGCUUUUAUAUCGAGUCAGUGCAACAGGUCAAGAAUCUAGAGAUAAAGGAGUUGUUGUUCAAGUUGGCCGCCUGGGACAAGUUCUUUCACUUGGUCAAGAAUGCACUCAACGUCAUCGAGACCACCGUCAGCAAGGAUAACAGUCACAAUGAUGAUGCCGAUUCGUCAGAUCAAGCCGAUGCCGAUCAGAUUGUCAACGGUGAUGAUGACACUACUGAGCAACAGGAGAAGGAGCGUCCAUACAAGUUGGUCAAGAGCAUCAAUCACAUAAUCAGAAGUCAAUGCAUCGGUGGUGAGGAAUCAAUCACAUCAAUGCUCCAAGAGAAGACACACGACGCAUCAAUCGAUAUCCUAUAUAAACAAUCAGCACUGCAGGCCGUCCCAACCGACUCAUCAAUGGCAAUCGUGCGCAACCAUUUCAUACCAAGCAAGUCCAACGUCUUGGAACAAUUGAACAAGAUCAUCGUCAUCUCAACAACAUCAACCAAGUCGGACAGCCUAAAGUAUAUCGAUGUUAUCGCCAAACUACUGUCCAGUAUCAACUAUAACGACGCCAAAAUAGUGGAGCAGGCAUAUGGAAGCUUGGCCAAGUACUUGAGAAUGGUGGUCCUGCCAAACAUUGAGCAGAGGGAGAAUAAGGACUAUGAGACUGGAUUCGUAUCGUUGGCAAGAGAGGUACUGAAGAUUACAUUGGCGCUGAGUGCAGUGGAUGCCAAGCGAUCAUUCGACACUGAUUACACGGUGGUCAUGUCAUUGCUAGGCCACACUCGCUUCCUUGGCAAGCUCACCACAAUCCUCAACGAGUUUGACUUUAGCAACACUACCUCGCCACACUACGUCUCACAAUCAAAUGGAAUCAUUCCACUUCUGAUCACCAAGUUCAUGGCAUCAUCCGAUCUCACUCCACCCACCUCAGCCAUCGCAUAUCUAAGGUCAAGGAUUUUGUAUGAGAAGGCAACAAAGUUGUUCACAAUCACAAGGGAUGACUUGAGAUUGAAGGUGAAGAUUGCUUCAACUUCAUUACAGCCACCACAAUCAUUGGUGACAUACCUCACUAAAAAUCCACAACUCCUGUCCCUGUCACAUCCAAAGGCAGACCUGACCAAGGCCAUCAGAACAAUCACACUGGACAGAAUAGAGAAGAUAUUGGAGGACAUCAUGCAACACAAGGAUGAUGUUGAGAACAAGGAGGAGGAUACAGAGACAACAUCAUCAUCAAACCAGUUUGAGGAUGGAAUUAUCAUCAAUAAGACUGGCGCCAGAUCCGCCGCUGAGGAUGAGCAAGAUGAGGAGGAUGACGAAGAAGAGAACGAAGAAGAGUCAGCCCUACCAACCGAACAAUCAUCCAAACUUCUUCAAUCAUUGCUUGAGGGUCUCAGUGAUGACGAAGAGGAGGAGGACGAUGAGUAA